UAAUAUCAAUUAAACAUGAUUUAUCAAGUUUAUUUAGAAACUAUAUUGUUUUAUUUCCAAAUGUCUACGGACCACCGAAGGACUGACAGUUCCGUACUCUUUCGAAGCACUAAAAAAGCGGGAAGUACUGUGCUGGUAAGCUGGAUCCGGCACGGCGCUGCGAAAAUGAAGCUCGCCGUCUAUGAAAGCAUCGUCCAGAAACUCCAAACCCUGACCCGACUCAAUCGGCACGACGAGCUCAAGUCCGCUUUCCCCGGCAUCCCAGAGAUAACCCUGCGGAGCAUCGUCACAUUCGAGGUCCAGCGCAAGACCAAGCGGUCCUACCACCGCCUCAGCACUCCGCCGAACCUCGCCAAACACCACCAGCACUAUUUAGAAUGCGUCCGCCAAAACGCGCCGCCGGGCAUCCUGGUCCGCUACGCCGACGACCUCGGAGUCAGUCCGGCGCUGCUCGCGAGGCUCGUAAUCAUCAAGCACUAUGAAACUGACGAAGGUCCACCACAGAAGCAGACGGUGAGCCAGAUGAUGAAGGACACGACCACCAUUGAGGACGGGCGACUCAGCGUUGAGGUUUUCCUGUGCAUUGUCGCCGACGACGAGUACGGGCCGUUGGCAGACGCGCUGCGGCACAACAUUGGGCUGGAGCACGAGGUGUACCUGAAGGAGCAGCUCAGAGCGCUUGGAGUUGCCUUUGUCGACGAGGAAGUGCUCCGAGAGAGGGGCUACGACAAGACACCGGAUGUGAAGCUGGAAGUCCCAGUUGUGGUGGACGGUACGGUGGUCAAUUGGAUCGAGAGCAAGGCGCUCUUUGGCGAUCCGGAGAGCCACAAGGGGUACAUGAGGGACCAGUACCAGAGCUACUGGAACCGCUUCGGUCGGGGACUGGUAAUCUACUGGUACGGGUAUGUCGACGAAGUGGCGACGGGCGAUGUGGUCCUUCUCAGGGACCGCAUGCCGACCGACGUGGUGCACAUGGCAGCAGUGUGCGGUUUCACGUGAAGCGUUUCUUCCGUUGCGUCGGGUGUGCGUUGCCGAACGUUUGUUUAUAAAGGUGGUCUGCUACCGUCUUGCAAACCAUUCUAUUCUGCA